AUGUCCUUCAGGAUUAUUAAAGCAAGUAAGAAUUUAGGCUAUGUUGAAGACAAAGUAAGCAGUCUCCACAUUCUACAGUCCAGUGUCAAGUGGCACCGCAUGGAGCAAUCAGCUACCAGCCUAUGGGACGCAUACACAGGUCUGAUAAGCAAUCAAGCCAUGAUCCUGGCCUUAAACUCCAGCUUCGUGGAUCCCGCAUUGCAGUUUGAAACUCAAUUGAAGAUAAUAAAGUCAUCCUUUAAAAUGGCAUUUGCUGUCACAAAUCUUGAUGAAGUGAGGGAAGCUGGUAUGAAUGAAGGUGACGAAAACGACCUAGAAAAUUUAUACCGAACUAUUUUAAACAUAUUUGAGGACACUCUUCUGAUCUUGGUGUCUAAAGAUGUCUACAAACUGCAGAUCUUAAAGGAAAUGGCUGUAUGGAUGAAUGAAGAUAAUUCGUACAUGCAGGAGGAAGCCAUGGUGGUGAUCAGCAGAGUGCUAAGCUUUGCAGCCAGGAAAGUCAAGGGAUCUGCAAGCGUUAAUGCUCCAUAUUUGGGUGUCCUGGCAGCAGAGUUAUCUCUUUUGUGUUCUCAUUCUGAUCCCUCAAUCACACAACAGGCAUUUGUGGGAAUGUAUCACCUCCUCUGCAUUGCAAAGUGUCAAAGCGAAAUAGGUACUGCAAAAAGUAAAAAUAAAAAGUAUUAUAAGCCUGAAAAUCAUGGUAUGCAGCCUUCUUCCUCUGGUACAGAAUUUCUACCCAGGAAUUUACAAAAAGACAAAAGUAAAAUCGCUCAGAGUGUAGGAAAAACCUUAUUGCCACCCUUGCUCACUGACUUUGUGUGGAGUCUCCUCAUGAAACUCUCUGUACCUGAUCAAUCAAUUGCAUCUGAGGCAGCAACCAUACUGAAAUUGACUCUGGAAUGUAAUGCCCAUAAGGUCACCAUGGUGUCUAAAAUUGUGGAUACUAUCUAUAAGCAGCUGUGUGGAGAUGAUUCUCCCAUUCUGAGGGAAGCUAUGUUGCGGGUCAUCACCUUGUUGACACGUACUUCACCAAAGAAGGUCAUCUUUCAACUUAUGGACUAUCCGGUACCAGCAGAUGACAUUUUGAUACUGAUGUGGUAUGCAGCCGGUUCCGAGUCAAGUGUGGUCCCCCAUGUACUGAAGACAAUCUUGUUGAUACUGAAAGGAAAGCCUAGAGAAGUGGAGAAAAUAACAACAGAAAGAAAACAUUUCUCUCUCGACACUACGAACAUGAUGCCUGUGGCGGCAUCCCAGGCCCUGUGCACGUUACUGCCUCUUGGUCCUUACAAGAAAGCGGUGGCCCAGUUUUUCCCCCAGCUUUUGAUGGCCCUCAUGCUUCAGCUCUUUUACAGCAGCAACCUGAGACUGAUGACAGAAGAAAGGCCUUUGUAUGCCCGGGAUGCCCUGAGAGUUCUGCUAAAUUGUUCUGGACUUCAAGAGGUGGAUACUGCUCUAAAGAGAAAGAAUUGCUGGAACCAGUUUUCCCAAGUGCUGUUUCACCAUCACGGAGUCUACCUUGUGGCCAAAACUCUCAGUGAAUAUAACUUUCCACAGUUUCCAGAGACAUUGCAUUAUCUCUACAAACUCGCUGUAGAAGGUCCUAGAAGGUCAGAAGACAGUGUUAUCACAAUAAUAUUCCUCACUGAACUUCUCAACAAUUUCUUCAAGGACCCAUUCCCAGAAAAAUUUUUGGUUCUCUUCAGAAACUGGGUCAAUGACCCCGACCCUGCAGUUUGCAAAUUGAGCCUUCAGAAAAUUGCCAGUAUGGCACCAGUUAUCAAUGAGAUAGAAAAUGUCUGCAGCUUAUUAACAUCCAUCUUGGAUGCCUUCCUUUCCAAAGAUACGACAGUUGUAAUCCGGGCCUUGAUAACCCUCAGAAAACUUUUAGACAAACUGGACAAGGUGACCUACUCCUCCCUGUCUACCAGAAUUGCCUCCAGCUACUGUCCUCUGAUGGAUCAUGGCAAUGAAGGUAUUCGGAGUAUGGCCAUUCACCACUUUGGUCAGUUACUCAUGGACAUGAGUCAAUACACAUGGAUGCUAAACAAUGUAGUUUAUGCAGGCUUGGUGCCUCUGAUCCUGUUUUUGGAAGAUAAAGAGGAAAGAGUAGUUAAAGCGUGUAAAUAUACAUUAAAAAUCUGUGCCUCAGAAUUAAAAUGGUCAACAUCAUAUUUCCUAAAGGAUGAAUAUUACAAUUUUGAGCUGGUGGUGCUCAACAUCUGUAAUAAUCUUCUUAUUUCUCAUCAAAAAUACAUUAGAGAUUUGAUAUCUGAGACCUUAGGAUUCCUGGAGAGUACCAGAACAUAUCUGAGAAGAGGAUCAGUUAUUUUACUAGGGUACUUGGCAAAAUUGGGUGGCCAUUUACUGCUCAGAGAUGAAAUUGAUGUCAUGCUUGAGGCUAUUGACCGAGUGAUUCGGGAUGAAGAUCCUGUGAUCAGGGAGUUGGCAGAAAAAACAAACAAAAUUUUUAUGGAAAUAGCGUAUAAAUUGACUACCUCAAAUAUUAAACAAAGCUUCCAAAGACUGUUUAACUUCAUCUACUUAAAAAAAUUGAAGCUUCUUUAUAAUUAUAACCCGACCAAGGACCUGACAGGCAGUCCUAUGGGGAUUAAAGAAAUCAGGAAUGAUAAAGAAGCCGUCAUAAAUGAUAAUUAUGAAGAUGGAUUGGUGAAGAAUGAAGGUGCAUCGGUAAAGAAUGCAAAGUUCCCCAGUGCCUUGGAGCACUCCUCAUAA